AUGCCAGUUCACUCCAUACUUUCACUGAAGCCACUACUAACCCUUUCUUUCUACUACCAAUUUUCUCCACAGGCUGAUAUAGCCGACUUUCUGAAGUGCGAUUUGCUUGUAUUCGAUUACCCUGGUUAUGGGGUCAGCGAUGGAGAGGCCACAGAACAAUGCAUCUACGAUAGUGUCGAAAGAGUUUACAAGUAUGCGAUCGAAGACUUAGGCUAUGUUCCUAAGGACAUUGUUCUCAUAGGCUUCAGUCUGGGCACGGCCGCUAUGGUGCACAUUGCAUCAAUAACACCAGAUCUUGGCGCUGUGGUACUGAUCGCUCCCUUCACCUCUUUGUGGCGAGUAAUUCUUCGUCGUCCCAAUAUCAUGGAAUCAUCUCGCCUGGAUAUGUUCAAGAAUUAUGACAAGGCUCAGGACAUUAAAUGUCCGACACUCGUCUGUCACGGCAAGGACGAUACGAUCGUCGAUCAUCACCAUGGCCUUGCAAUGAAAGAAAGAAUAGCGAACAGUGAAUUGUUCCUCAUUGCCGCCAGUCAUCAGGGUAUAUUUUGCGAGAGAAAAAUGUGGGACGAUGUCAAUAGAUUUCUUCGCGAAAAAGUCAAUAUCGCAGCCGCAUGGGUGGAGGCUGUAGAGGAAACCACGUCAGAUAUUUCAGCAGCGAUUUAUGGCUAA